ACCUCUCCCCUGACAAGCAGGCGGUGCUGAGGGAGGCGCACGCUGUCCUCAAGGACGGAGGGGAACUGUAUUUUAGUGACAUGUACACUGACACCAAGCAAACAGACGAGAUGAAAAAGGAUAAGGUCCUCUGGGGGGAGGGAAUCGGAGGAGCCUUGCUGUGGGACGAGCUGUACCAGCUGGCGGCAGAGAUCGGCUUCAGCUCUCCACGUCUUGUCACAGCAAAGCCCGUAGAUACCAGCCAGUUUAGUGACCGAAUAGAUUCAGCCAGGUAUGUAGCUGUGACGUACAGACUGUUCAAACUACCCGCACAAGGAGCAGGUGGACCUUGUCAUGUCUCCUACAAAGGUGAUAUUGCAGGUUGCCAGGAGCGGUUGAAACUUGACGACGUCACAGUGUUUGAGAAAAAUGAAGAAAAGGUGGUGGAUUCUGAGCUGGCGACCAUUUUGACAACUUCCCGUUUCAAACAGUCCUUCAAUAUUACCAACGCCCCGGAUGCAACUCCAGAAACGAAAGAUCCGAAGGUAAACCCGUUUAAGCUUCUUGACGAGCGGUGUGCCAAGCCCUGUGUGCAGGGAGCGUGCGCUCCAUAACGUCCUCGUCACAACGAUCAUCUGUCCGAUGAGCGAAACUACUACACCACUGACUUUUCCUCCUUGCUGGGGUUUUUCCUCCCUUUUGUAACGUGGCUGCCUUAGCAACUUCGGAUUGUUUUUCAAUUUUUUUGUGGUGUGAACGUAUAGCAUUUGCUGUAAAGUAAAAUGACCACUGAAAUCACCAAAGGAAAUGUUACGGUUUUUUUCCCUCUUAAAAUUUGCGACUUUGGAUCCACGUUAGCUUUUGUUGUCAAGUAAAACUUUCCUGGAGGGUAUCAGGAAAAUGUGAAGGUUUUUUCCCCGUUCAGUUUAAAUUUGCGACUGC